AUGUCGACGAUCUCAGGAGGUAGCACAGAGAAAAUCAACAAGUUCAAACAACAAAUGAUGAUAGAAUUUGAGAUGAGUGAUUUGAGUCUUCUCUCCUACUACUUAGGGAUUGAAGUGGAGCAACAGAAGAGUCGAAUUUCACUUAGACAAUCAGCUUAUGCCAAGAAAAUUCUAUCUCAAUUCAAGAUGGCAGACUGCAAUGCCACAAAACAUCCAAUGGAACCCAAGACACAGUUGCAUAAGGACUUGGAAGGGACUCCAGUUGAUGCCACGGAGUACAAACGCAUUAUUGGUUGUCUGAGAUAUUUGCUACACACACGGCCAGACCUGUCAUAUUCUGUUGGAAUGGCGAGCAGAUACAUGGAGAGACCUACAAUCAUGCAUCACAGGGUGGUCAAACAGAUUCUCAGGUAUUUGAAAGGUACAAUUUAUUUUGGACUUGUUUACAUAAAGGGACCCCAGGAAAUUGGUAUAUUCGGCUACUCGGAUAGUGAUUUAGCCGGCGAUCUCGAUGGAAGGAAAAGCACAAGUGGAAUGACUUUAUAUUUUAAUGAAAGUUUGGUGUCCUGGAACUCACAGAAGCAGAAGACAGUGACGCUUUCAUCUUGUGAGGCAGAGUUCAUGGAAGCCACAACUGCGGCCUGCCAUGCUUUGUGGUUGAGGAGCCUUGCCAGCGAAUUAAGAAGUGUAAAGCCAAAACCGGUAACUUUGUUUGUUGACAACAAAUCCGCCAUAGCUCUCAUGAAGAAUCCGGGACAGAUUGUGGUGGAGUUUGUUAAUACCGGAGAACAGCGAGCCGAUGCGUUAACUAAAGCAUUGCCAGGAGUGAAGCUAGCUGCCAUGCGACAACUACUCGGCGUCCGUGAUCUAUAA